AUGGCGACUGGAGGUUUGUCUCUAGAUGAGGAGCUCAUUUGCUCUGUGUGCUGUGAGAUCUUCAAGGAUCCUGUUGUCCUGAGGUGCAGCCACAGCUUCUGUAGAUCCUGUGUGCAGCAGUACUGGGAACACAGGAGCUCCAGAGAGUGUCCGUUGUGUCGGAGAAGGUCCUCUACUGGAGAUCCUCCACCAAGUCUGGUUUUAAAGAAUGUUGUGGAAAUGUACCUGAAGAAAAAGAGUGAAGCUCGCUGCAGUGUCCAUGGAGAGAAGCUUCUUCUCUUCUGUGUUAAAGACCAGGAGCCCAUUUGCUUGGUGUGUCAGACGUCAAGAAAACACAAAAACCAUCAGCUCUGUCCAGUACAAGAGGCUGCAGCAGAUAUGAAGGAACAACUCAAGACUGAAUUGAAACCAAUAGAAGAAAAACUGAAAAAAUUCAGUGAAGCUAAAAAACUGUAUGAGGAAACAAUGAAACACAUAAAGAAUCAGGCUCAACACACAGAGAAACUGAUAAAGGAGGAGUUUGAGAAGCUCCACCAGUUCCUGCGAGAUGACGAGGAGGCCAGAUUGGCCGCACUGAGGGAGGAAGAGGAGCAGAAAAGUCAGAGGAUGAAGGAGAAGAUAGAAAACAUCUCCAAACACAUCUCCAUCCUGUCAGACAGAAUCAGAGACAUUGAGGAAGAUCUGAACAAUGACGACAACAAAUUCCUGAUGAUCUUCAACACCACAAAACAAAGAGCCCUGUGUGAAGUGCAGGAUCCAGAGAUGCUUUCAGGGGCGCUGAUAGAUGUGGCCAAACACCUGGGUUCUCUGAGCUUCAGAGUCUGGGAGAAGAUGCUGCCCAUUGUCACAUACACUCCUGUGACUCUGGACCCCAACACUGCUCACCCCUACCUCUCUGUGUUUGAUGAUCUGACCUGUGUAAGACACACUGGAGUCAAACAGCAGCUUCCUGACAACACAGAGAGGUUUUACCCCUGUGUGUGUGUAUUGGGCUCUGAGGGGUUUACUUCAGGAAAACACAGCUGGGAGGUGGAGGUGGGAAACAAAACUGACUGGGAUCUAGGAGUGAUGAAAGAGUCCAUCAACAGGAAGUGGGGGAUUACAUGCAGCCCUAAGAAUGGAUUCUGGGUUGUUGCGCUGAGGAAUGGCAAUAAAUAUAGAGCAGCUGGAGUUACUGAUCUCACACUGGAGAAGAAACCCCAGAAGAUCCAGGUUCAUCUGGACUAUGGCAGUGGGGAGGUGUCCUUCUUCAACCCCACUGACAUGUCACACAUCUACACUUUCAAAGACACUUUCACUGAGAAACUGUUUCCAUAUUUCUCUCCUUGUCGAAAUUCUGAAGCUCUGAAGAUCUGUCCAGUGAAGGUGUCUGUAACAGUGAAUAAAAUGUAACGAAUGUUGUUCAAACUUCUGAGCUGAAAUGUCACUGUAAAGUUUCAUUUUGUUUCUACACAAUAAUUUGCACUUGUGAGAAAUGUAAAUGU